UGUGCAUUAUCUGCAGGAGAGGGAGAACAGGAAGAAACAGCACUACUUUAGUUUGUGAUCUGCAGUUCGAAGGAAGAAGGAGAAAGCAGGUGUGUUUGUGCAUCACAUUCCUGUCCAGUUGGUGGCGCUGAUGCACUAGAUCUGUUGUUAACUGGACUUUGAUUCGUAUCAUGUGACAAACAUCAAUCUUGAAGAUCGCACAGGUGUGUUUAACAGCGAUCACAAAUCGAAAUUGUUUUCGAUUUCUGGAUUCUGUUCCUACAGCACAAGAUCGUCUGUACUAAUGCAAGUCAUGAUGAGCAUCUGAUCGUCUUCAGGGACACAAAGAUCUCAGUGUUGAUCAGUUUAUCUGCAGUAUGUCAGAGGAGCGAGGAAAGGACUCUUCGUCUGAGAUGAGUUUCUCACAGAAACAGAGUGUAAGAUCAGACUCACAUGUGUCCAGCUCUGUGUCUGUGAAGAGUGACUUGUCAAAAGAAGUUGUGCUACCAAACUUAAGUGAGAAAAAAACAGCAUCUCCUGAAAGGGUUCAAUCUGAGACCUUAGAUUCAGACGUCCAGACUCACAGGAAUUUCAAAGACAAUCUCCCAUGGAUCUUCCAAGGUCUUGAAAACAAAAUUAUCACUUUUCUGAAGAAUGAGUUGGAAAAGUUUAAGAAAAUAUUACAAGAAGAAGAUGUACAAAACUUUGUGAAGGAUUUUAAUGAGAACAGAUGCAGUAUCAAAGAAGCAGCUCUUGAUCUCACACUCUACUUCCUGAGAGAGAUGAAGCAAGAUGAAGCUGCUGAUACUUUAGAAGAUGAGCUGUUCUUCAUUCAUCAGCUAAAAUGUAGCUUAAAUAAGAAGUAUCAAUGUGUGUUUGAGGGAAUUGCAAAGCAAGGUGACUCUACACUUCUGAAUAACAUCUACACAGGUCUCUAUAUCACUCAGGGUUGUAGUGAACAGGUCAGUACUGAACAUGAGGUAAGACAGAUUGAAGUUGCUUCCAGACAUCAUGAAUCACAAUGCAAACAUUUGUUUGAAACAUCUGAACAAGACAAGCGGAUCAGAACUGUACUGACAAAAGGAGUUGCUGGCAUUGGAAAAUCAGUCUCUGUACAGAAGUUUGUUUUGGAUUGGGCCGAAGGAAAAGAAAAUCAAGAUAUCAACUUCAUAUUUCCUCUUCCUUUUAGAGAGCUGAACUUAAAGGAACAAGAAAAACUAAGUUUGAUGGACCUUAUAACUCAAUUUUUUCCAGAGACAAAAGGACUGAACCUUACAAGAAGGACCCAGAAAGUCCUGUUCAUUCUUGAUGGUUUGGAUGAAUUUCGUCUUCCUCUAAACUUUGAUGGUAAUGACACGUGGUCUGAUGUUUCAUCACCAGCCUCUCUGGAUGUUCUCCUAACAAACCUCAUCAAGGGAAAUCUGCUUCCUUCUGCUCUCAUCUGGAUCACAACCAGACCAGCAGCUGCCAGUAAGAUUCCUCCUGACUGUAUCGACCGUCUGACAGAGAUACGAGGAUUCAGUGAUGCACAAAAGGAGGAGUACUUCAGAAAAAGAAUCACAGAUGAGAAUCUGGCCAAAGAAAUCAUUGCUCAUGUUAAAAAAUCAAAGAGUCUUUUUAUCAUGUGCCACAUCCCAGUCUUCUGCUGGAUUUCAGCCACUGUUCUCCAGAACAUUUUGCAGGAGAAAAAAAAUAAUGAUGUGAAAAACAAUAAGGCUGCUGACAAAUCAAAUAUACUACAGGAAUCAAAUACUGAAGACAUUCCUAAGACUCUGACACAAAUGUACACACACUUUUUCCGCUUUCAGAUCCUGCAGAGCAGACAAAAGUAUGAUGGAGAAUAUACACCAGAUGUUUCCUGGGAUAAAGAUGCCAUCCUUUCACUGGGGAAACUGGCAUUUCAUCAGCUGGAAAGAAACAAUGUAAUCUUCUAUGACACAGAUCUGAAAGAUUGUGGUAUUGAUGUUGAUAAAGCAUCAGUGUAUUCAGGCAUGUGUACCCAGAUCUUUAAGGAGGAAACUGGAAUUGUUCUUGGUACCAUGUACUGCUUCGUUCACUUGAGCAUUCAAGAGUUUAUUGCAGCCCUUUAUGCACAUCUGUUUCUAGACAUCAACAAGAAAUAUGUGUUUGAUCAAGACUCAGUGGACAAGGUGCUUGAGAGUGGCAGUGGUUAUCUGGACUUUUUCCUACACUUCCUUCUCGGACUGUCACUCCACUCCAAAAAAAACAUGAUUGAUUUGCUCAAGACUGCAGUGGACAAGGCACUAGAGAGUGAUAAUGGACACCUGGAUCUUUUUCUUCGAUUCCUCCUUGGUUUGUCACUCCAGUCCAAUCAGCGACUCUUGCAGGGUCUGUUGACACAGCAGGAUGGAAAUGACCAAAUCAAAAAGGAAAUAGUUAAGUAUAUCAAGCAGAAAUUUGAAGCUAAUCUGUCUUCAGAGAGAUCCAUCAAUCUGUUCUACUGUCUGAAUGAACUGAAUGACCAAACUCUGGUAAAAGACAUUCAGACUCACCUUAGCAAAGGAAGUCUCUCAUCUACUGAUCUUUCACCUGCCCAGUGGUCUGCUUUGACCUUUGUGUUGUUGACUUCAGAGGAGGAGCUGGAGGAGUUUGAGCUUCAGAAAUUCAAGAAAUCAGACGAGUGUCUCAUUAGAUUAUUGGCAGUCAUCAAAACCUCCAAAAGAGCUCUGCUGAAUGAUUGUGGCUUAACAGACAAAAGCUGUUCAGCUCUGGCUACAGUUCUUGGAUCAGAUACCAGUCUGAAAGAGCUGAACAUGAGCAAUAAUAAUCUGCAGGAUUCAGGAGUGAAGCUGCUCUGUGCCGGACUGGAAAAUAUGAAGUGUCAUUUGGAGAUACUGAGGCUUUCAGACUGCAGUAUCACUGAAGAAGGUUAUAAAGCUCUGGCUUCAGCUCUGAGAUCAAACCCUUCACACCUGAUAGAGCUGGAUCUCACAGGAAAUGAUCCUGGACAAUCAGGAGUGAAGGAGCUCAGUGAUUUAUUACAGAAUCCAAACUGUCAACUGAAGACUCUGAGGUUUUUGGGUCCUGCUGCAGAUGAAGCCUGUCAGUAUGUGACUGGAAUUGUGGGUAAAAACCUGUUACUCCUGAGAGAGCUGAAUCUGAGUAAACAUGAACUAGGAGACACACGAGUGAAUCAGAUCGCUGCUCUACUGCAGGAUAAACACUGUCAACUCAACAGACUGAUACUUUCAGACUGCAGUAUCACUGAAGAAGGUUAUAAAGCUCUGGCUUCAGCUCUGAGAUCAAACCCUUCACACCUGAUAGAGCUGGAUCUCACAGGAAAUGAUCCUGGACAAUCGGGAGUGAAGGAGCUCAGUGAUUUACUACAGGAUGGACUCUGUUCAUUAAAAACCAUCAGGUUUUUGAAAAGUCCUGCUGCAGAGGAAGCGUGUGAGUAUCUCACUGGAGUUCUGGGUAAAAGUCCAUUACUACUGAAAGAACUAGAUCUGAGUGGAGAUAAAUUAGGAGAUCUGGAUGGGGAGAAACUCUCUGCUCUUUUGAUGGACUCUCAUAGCAAACUGGAGAAAAUAAUGCUGAAUAAUUGUGAGCUGACAGAGAAAAGCUGUUCAGUUCUAGCUACUGUUCUCUCCUCCAAAACCAUCCUGAAAGAGAUGAACCUGAACAACAGUCGUCUGCUGGACUCAGGAGUCAAAGAGAUCUGUGAGGGACUGAAAAAUCCUGUGUGUGAGCUGAAGAUACUGAAGUGA